AUGAGAGUACGUUGCUUUAAGCAUAAGCCGCCAACAACCGCUAAGCGCUCGUCUCAUCGUUUGUUAAUUGCAGCCAGAUCCAGUACUUGCACCACACGCUUCACAGGCGCGUAAAAACCAACAUCGUCACCGGUAGCCGAUUUAAAAUUUCCGAUAUCCUCUCUCUCUCUCUUCACUCUAACCACCACCAAACUCGCCGAUCUAUUCUCUCUCCUCUCUCUCAUUUUUUCGGCUGGCUUUGCGCCUUCAUCCAUGGGCACUACUAUUUCAGUUCAAUGCUUACUCACUGUACUAGUACAGCUACUAUUACUAUCAGUCUUCAGAUCAGUAGAAUCCUCAAUUCACAUCUACGACAGAGAUCCGUUUAGAGAAGUCGGAAAUGCUUACCUUGUUUCCGGCGGCAGUGAAGGCGUCGCCGCCUCUCGCUUCAUUCCUCCGCCGCGUCGCUCAUUUCGAUCCUCUGCCCACGACGGACUGUCUUAUAUCAGGUUUGAUAAUAUCACAUUUUGGAGGAGCAAAGCAGCUGCAAACCGGAAUCCAACUAUGGCAUAUAAUAGUGGGUUAGUUCAGAUCAUAAUAUUUGGGGCUGCAGACCGUGACAAUAUUGGUGGUUCACCAUAUGGUGGACAAAGGUCCAUUUGUUGCACCGCUGAUCUUGCUAAACUUGAAGGUUGCAAACAAGGGGAAGUCAUUAGAACACCUUCAGCAACAGAUGCUAAUUGGCCGAUGGUGUUGAAUGUUAACUUUAGAGGAAGGCAGUUAUCAGCCCAAUUGAAGAAGAAGGAGGUUUACAUAAAAAAGACUGGGAUGUAUAACCUCUUCUUCAUCUCAUGUGAUCCUAAGCUUAAGGGAAUGAAGGUGUCUGGAAGGACAGUGUGGAAAAAUCCCGAGGGAUAUUUGCCUGGUCGAAUGUCACCCCUAAUGAAGUUUUAUGCUAUAAUGACCGUAACAUAUAUACUUCUCGCUGGAAUCUGGUGUCUUCAGUAUGUCAGAUACCGGCAGGACGUUCUGCCGCUCCAAUACUGCAUCACUGGGGUUAUUGCCCUUGGGUUAUUGGAAAUGAUAUUUUGGUACUUUGAUUAUGCUUAUUUCAACAAUACUGGUACAAGGCCUGUGGGACUCACGACUUGGGUUGUUAUAAUUGGAGCUAUAAGGAGAACUUUUUCACGCCUUCUUAUUCUUUCUAUCUCAAUGGGAUAUGGUGUUGUUCGUCCUACCCUUGGUGGUCUCACCACAAAGGUGCUCCUUCUUGGAAUAACUUAUUUUGUGGCAUCUAUACUGCUAAACAUUACCGAAUACGUUGGUACAAUAAAUGACAUUGCAGGGCGAGCAAAAGUCCUGUUGGUUCUUCCUGAUGCAUUGUUAGAUGCAUUUUUGAUCUUAUGGAUUUUCACUUCUCUUUCCAAGACACUGGAGCAGCUUCAGGCAAAGAGGAGUUCUGUGAAGUUGGAUAUUUACAGACAAUUUUCAAAUGCAUUAGCAAUCACUGUCAUUGCUUCAGUUGCAUGGAUAGGAUACGAGGUUUACUUCAAAGCAACAGAUCCCUUCAAUGAGAGGUGGCAGGGAGGUUGGAUCAUCACUGCUUUCUGGGAUAUUCUUGCAUUUGGACUGCUGUGUGUCAUCUGCUACCUAUGGGCACCAUCUCAGAGCUCACAACGUUAUGCCUACUCUGAUGUGAGGGGUGAAGAGGACGACGAAGAAACUGAAUCCUUAUGCAAAGAAACUCCAAAAGGUGACAUCAGUCUUAUCAAAAUGGAUAGGAAGGAAGGUAGCGACAGUUCAGAUGUAGAAGAUGAUAUUCAAGAGGGUAAAAGGGAAUGACUGGUGAAGUUGUUUGAAACCUCGCUUUAAAGAGAUCAAUACCAAGAUGAAGAUCCACUAAAUGGAAUGAUUGGCUCUGCUAAAUGCAUACUUCAUAAAUUAAUUCAUUGAAUUUGUAUUGAAGAGUGUUGCACGAUUUUUGACAAACCACAGAAAAAAGAAAUGUGUACAUGGUUUGAAUUGUCAAGAUGUUCAUUUGAAAAAUGAAAGCUGGAGAUGAGCAAGUAGUGUAAUACUUCGCAUUGUAAGUAAGUAGUGACCAUUUUUCACCUCACAUGUGAACUUCAGAUGUGUUGUUCAUUUCUGGAAGAAUUUGAAAAAUGCUUUCCAAAAAGGUCAACUAUUUGAGGGACCAUCUCAUAUUUAGUGGCAGUUUUGUUCCGUACAUUCUAUCUGAAACUUAAGGGUGUGAAUCAGUUAAAUGUAGUUGUUUACAUGUUUGUCUUUUCUUUUCU